AUGAAAGGAUACGUUGGAUUAUUCCUCGCCAUUGCGCUAUGCUGCGUAUCAGCGCAAGAAGUACAGUCGGAUCGUAGCCCACGUAUCGUUAAUGGACUAAAUGCCGCCAACACGCCCUACAACGCCUAUGUGCUAUAUCUCAACUCGGCCAACUCUGGUUUCUUUGGUGGAGGAUCACUGAUCUCGGACCGACAUGUCCUAACGGCGGCCCAGAACAUUGCGGGCUUCGUGCGCUGGGAAGUUGGGCUAGGCAGUACCGUGUUCGGGCAGCUAAACAUUCAACUGUCCACGCAGGCCGUUUCGCAUCCAAGCUUCAACAUGGCAAACCGAGCGAACGAUAUCGGUUUCAUCAUUUUGCCUCAACCAGUCGUCUUUACUGCACUGAUUAGUCCUAUCCAGCUGCCCAUCCAGGGACGUACGCUACCGUACGAAAAUGAAGAAGGCAUGGUAGUCGGGUUCGGGUUCAACACGAUCGGAGGACAAACCCGCUCCGACUUUCUGAAGGUGGGCUACCAGCGAGUGAUCAGUGAUUCGCGUUGUGUGGGAAUUUAUCAAAUUACUACACCGAACCACUUCUGCGCUGAAGAUGUCGUCCAACGUUCGAACGUGUGUAAUGGCGAUCUUGGUGCUGGGUUCGUCGUUUCCGAACGACGCAUCGACACGUUGGUCGGUAUUGCCUCACUCAUCACUGCUUCGUGUGACUCUGCCAACCCGACCGGUUACGCGCGCGUCUCUCAAUACCGCCAAUGGAUCCGUGACAAUACUGGAGUAUAA